CUACAGUAUGCAUCCACCGUGUACGCUAUCAAUAGUAGGUCAAGAGUUUUCAUUUUAACACUUCUGUCCUACAUUUAGAGUUCAGGUUAAGCAUAGUUAGCGAACUAUCUGCCCAUAUUCAUUGAGCCACAAAUGGGUACACAGGUUGAUUAUGUACCGUCGGCUGUGUAACGGAAGAGCAUUUCAUCGUUCUGUUUGUCACCAUAUGUCAUUAUUUGUAGUCAUUAAAUAAUGUCCAGAUUAAUCAAAUUGUAUAAUUUCCCACAGCGCAAUAAAAGUACCAAAUGUUGUCCGUCUUCAGUUAGUGUUCUGUGCCUCACCUAUUGUUUUAGUUGGAGUUCACCAUGCAGGAGGCGGUCAAGUGUCUGCACACCUUGGAGGAGUUCUGCCCCUCCAAAGACGACUACAGCAAAUUGUGUCUCCUGCUCACUUUACCUCGCCUCACAAACCACGCCGAAUUUAAGGACUGGAACCCAAGCACAGCCCGGGUGCAGUGCUUCGAGGAGGCUUGCACCAUGGUGGCCGAGUUCAUCCCGGCGGAUAGGAAGCUGAGUGAGGCUGGAUUCAAAGCCAGCGGGGAUCGCCUCUUCCAGCUCCUUCUCAAAGGAGUCCUCUAUGAGUGCUGUGUGGAGUUCUGCCAGGUUGGGGCUGACAGUAGUACA